AUGUGUUACUGGUCAGGAUGGCUGCCUGGUCGAGUGGAAUGUAGAUGUACUAGGGGGUCUCCUCUGAUGGUCCUGGAAUCGAGCCCAGACCGCUGGCAUCCCAAGCCGUCAUCACAAAACGUCAUCGCAAGCCAUUUUUCCAAGCCGUCAUCCCAAGUCGUUAUCCCAAGCCGUCAUUCCAAGCCGCCAUCCCAAGUCGUUAUCCCAAGCCGUCAUCCCAAGCCAUCAUUCCAAGUCACCAUCCCAAGUCGUUAUCCCAAGCCAUCAUUCCAAGUCGCCAUCCCAAGUCGUUAUCCCAAGCCAUCAUUCCAAGUCGCCAUCCCAAGUCGUUAUCCCAAGCCGUCAUUCCAAGCCGCCAUCCCAAGUCGUUAUCCCAAGCCGUCAUCCCAAGCCAUCAUUCCAAGUCGCCAUCCCAAGUCGUUAUCCCAAGCCAUCAUUCCAAGUCGCCAUCCCAAGUCGUUAUCCCAGGCCGUCAUUCCAAGCCGCCAUCCCAAGUCGUUAUCCCAAGCCGUCAUCCCAAGCCAUCAUUCCAAGUCACCAUCCCAAGUCGUUAUCCUAAGCCAUCAUUCCAAGUCGCCAUCCCAAGUCGUUAUCCCAAGCCAUCAUUCCAAGUCGCCAUUCCAAGUCGUUAUCCCAAGCCGUCAUUCCAAGCCGCCAUCCCAAGUCGUUAUCCCAAGCCGUCAUCCCAAGCCAUCAUUCCAAGUCGCCAUCCCAAGUCGUUAUCCCAAGCCAUCAUUCCAAGUCGCCAUCCCAAGUCGUUGUCCUAAGCCGUCAUCCCAAGCCAUCAUUCCAAGUCGCCAUCCCAAGUCGUUGUCCCAAGCCAUCAUUCCAAGUCGCCAUCCCAAGUCGUUGUCCCAAGCCAUCAUUCCAAGUCGCCAUCCCAAGUCGUUGUCCCAAGCCGUCAUCCCAAGCCAUCAUUCCAAGUCGCCAUCCCAAGUCGUUGUCCCAAGCCAUCAUUCCAAGUCGCCAUCCCAAGUCGUUGUCCCAAGUCGUCAUUCCAAGUCGCCAUCCCAAGCCGUCAUCCCAAGCCAUCAUUCCAAGUCGCCAUCCCAAGCCGUCAUCCCAAGCCAUCAUUCCAAGUCGCCAUCCCAAGUCGUUGUCCCAAGCCGUCAUUCCAAGUCGCCAUCCCAAGUCGUUGUCCCAAGCCGUCAUCCCAAGCCGUCAUCCCAAGCCGUCAUCCCAAGCCAUCAUUCCAAGUCGCCAUCCCAAGCCGUCAUCCCAAGCCAUCAUUCCAAGUCGCCAUCCCAAGUCGUUGUCCCAAGCCGUCAUCCCAAGCCGUCAGUAACAACGUGCUGUAGGCCCCUUUAA